AUGAAGAAAUUAACACUAUUACUGACGACGGUCCUGUUUUUACAGGCUCAAGGAUACGUCAUACAGGUGCCUACGGAAACGACAAAUACAAGGACUAGUCCGGUAGGAUGGGUUCAUAUUCAAAAACUAUUACUACCAUUAUUCGAAAAUGUUUGCGAAGAAAGCACCGAUCCUAUCGUUAUACGCCUAAAUGAAGAAUUUAAAUUAGAUCCUUCAUAUGGAUUUUAUUUGAAACCUGAUGUUAUUGAAAAUUUUCAAAAUCUUAAAGCGACCAAAGGAAUGUUAGCAAAGGGAGAAAUAUUUACUGAAUAUGAUUCAGAUCACUUGAAUGAACUUAAAGUUAUUUACGAUGUGUUAUACUAUGCUAAAGACUUCGAUACUUUUUACAAAGCUGCAAGCUGGGCUCGACAAAAUGUUAAUUGUGGUUUAUUUGUCGAUGCUAUAUACUUGGCGAUAUUAAGCAGACGUGAUACAGAAAAAAUUACAAUACCAGCUCCGUAUGAGAUAUUGCCAAAUUAUUUUAUAAGAAAAGAUUAUAUUAUUGAAGCAUCGUCAUUAAUCAGAGGAGAAACAUUUACCCUACCUGAAUGGGUUCGGAAUGAAGGGAACGCAUAUAUAUUGGACGUUAACUACACAACAAAUUACUAUGACGACACUGACGAUAAAUUAGCCUAUUUCCAUGAAGAUAUAGGUUUGAAUUCCUAUUAUUACUUAAAUAGAUUGAAAAAGUUACCGUGGAUUACUAAUUUGCGGAAUUUACAAUGCAAUAAUUGCGGGGAACAAAUUUAUCAUUCAAUGAAGCAAAUGAUGUCUAGGUAUAAUUUAGAAAGAUAUUCGAACGGCUUAUUUGAACUUGAAGGAAUUGAUUGGGAUUAUAUAAACGAGUACUCUUAUGAUCCUAUGCUCAUAUAUUCCAAUGGUAAUGAGUUUAGUCAAAGAAGAAGAAACAAUGAUAAUAGCGAAAUUCUUAUGAUGCUAAAAAAUAUUGAAAACGGUCUCCCAACAGUCGUUGCUCACAUGAGGGAUGGUGGAUAUAAUAAAUCUGAAAUAAUUAACCAUUUAAUGGAGAUCCUUGUGACAGGUGAAAAAAGCUAUGAAAGCUUAGCUUUACAAUUCCUAGGCGUCGACAAAAUAAUUACAAGUGUACCCUCUACGUUGGAACAUUACAUGACUACUAUUAGAGAUCCCAUAUUUUGGAAAUUGAAUAAAAAGAUAGUUGAUUUAGUAGACAAGGCCUUGCAAGUAUUGCCUAGUUAUACUAGAAGCCAACUUUAUUUCCCCGGAGUCGUAGUACAAAAUGUAGAAGUAAAGAAAAUUAUGACAUCAUUCGACAAUUUCGAAUUUGACGUAACUAGUGCCUUAAAAAGUGAAGGUGAAGACGUUAAAUUUCAAGUAAAGAUCAAUCAACCGAGAUUAAAUCACAAGCCGUUUACUUUCAAAAUCACUAUAUCAUCCCAAGUAGCACAGAAGUCUUUAAUAAAAUUAUAUUUAGGACCUAAGGUAAUGCCUGGUGAGCUCGUCGAGAAAAAGAACAUGUUUAUGUUAUUAGAUUGCUUCGAAUUCAAUCUCAAGAUUGGAAGUAACGUGGUAACGAGAUCUUCAAAUGAUAUGAUGAAUUUGUCUGACGACCUUACUUCCCUGGAAACAUUGCACAAAAAAGUUUUAGAUGCUGAAUUUGGACUAGAUACUUUGCUUCUUAAGUCUGUAUGGUCACAAUUAGGAUUCCCCUCUCGCUUAAUCCUUCCGAAGGGUACCCCUGAAGGUUUACCAAUACAUUUAUUUGUGUUUGUAGCGCCAUACGUAAAGGCAACUGUAGGUGGACCUAGAAAUACUUUAGAUCUAAAUUUGGACGCGAUUCUAUCGCCUGGCUAUCCUCUGGAUUUAAGUGUCGAAAUCCAGCAACUAUUUAACCUGCCAAAUGCUUUGGUCAAAGACAUAGUCAUAACACAUAAAACUGAAGGUGCGUAUAAUAAAGCAAGCAACGCUUACAAUACCCCUACUAACGAUAACAUAUGGCAAUCUAGCGAUGUAGAAUAUAUUCGUCCAAAUGGACCACUAUCUUUGUCGACCCGACCUGCAUUUACUAAAAAAACAUUCGACUAUAAAUCAAAAAAGAAUCAAUAUGGUAAAAAAAAUGAUUAUGCUUCAAAGAAAGAUGAAAUUAAGCAGGAUACGAAAACAAAAGAAUUUACAAACGAAGUUGAAGCAUCAACAAAAUUAAGUGAUGAAAAAAUACCUGAUAAUAUGGAAGUAAUUAAUAAUAUUUACAUCACUCCAGAAUUGGAACAUGAUAAAUCAGCUGAAAAUAUUAUGGAUAAAAAUAACAUGUAUUAUAAAAUCUCACCAGAUUACAUUUAUGAUAACAGUGAUGUUUAUUUUACUCCGUCUGAUCUAAUAGAUACUAGCAAUUAUAAUAAAGUUGUAGAAAAAGAUUAUAAAAUAAAACCUCAUAGAUUACUUAAAGCACCGAAAAAAAAGUUUUCCAAUAUAUUUAAUAUUGUAUUUAAGCCUAUCAAACCCGAUGAGGAUGUAUAUGAAUAA